AUGACCAGUGCCGAGCAAAUGAUUUCCACGGAACUGGAAGCAGCUACUCUUCUGUCGGUUACCGAAGAAAAUGGGGUAGUGACCACCAUCUAUGUUGCACCAUGUUCUGCAUCUGGGGAGGAGCUUCUGGAGCCGCCGCCCGAAUUUCUACCGGAGGAUAACCAGCUGAUGUACCACUGUCCCUAUUGUGCCUCUGCUAUUCGCACAGCUAGAGCCUUCAAGGCUCAUUUGGAGGCCUGUCGCGAAAACUGUAAGAAUAAGGAGGAGGAUGCCCAGCAGAAAAAGCAAGAGGGGGCCAUAUAUCAGUGCAUAAUGUGUGAUCAGAGCUAUACUUCGAUGCGGCACCUCCACUGCCACAUUAUGAUGCACGGCAGUUCCUUGAAGAACCUGCGAUGCGGAUCCUGCAGCGUCAAGUUUGAAUCCGAGCAGGAGUACCAGGCCCACUUACAAAGCCAUCUCGGCUCCGGACCGGGAGAUCGAAAAAUGGAGAGCAGCGUUACCAAGUCUUUUGAUUGCAUAUUCUGCCGAAAGGAUUUCGAAGCUACAUUCCGACUAGGUCAGGUGUCCCGUCGCUAUGCCUGCGACGAUUGCGGCAAGAAUCUGAAGGUCAAGCAGGCGGAUGGGAGGCAGUCUCUUCCUGUGAAGAGAAAGCUGGACUGGACAUGCAAUCGCUGUGGGCGCAUGUACAAGCUGGAAGGAUUCCUUUUGAGACACAUGGAGCAGUGUCAAGGAGGCAAGACCAAGAAGAGCCGCCAGUUUGAAGUCCAUGAGUUCUAG